AUGUCCUCCCACAAACGCAGCUUCCAGUGCUUCAACGCUGUGGGAGGCGAAGGCUCCCACAAGUCUGGGACCCGCCUCCCCAGGAUCCCCCAGCAUGGCAUGGUGGGCCACCAUGAACCUCUGGAAGUGUGCUGUCUUUGCUCUGAGUACAGACACGCCCAGGCCCUGGAGGCACUAGAGACGCAGGUUUUACCUUUGUAUCAAACUCACUCGCUGCAUCACCACCACGCACACCGGUGUGUCCUUGGGAGGCCAGCAAGGCCCGACGAGGCGCAUUCAGGCCAUGGCCGACAUAUUCAUCAUCACAGGCACAACAAGAGGCUGAUACUGGUGAAGAACAGCGACCCCUCUGUCAGGAAGACCAUCGUGUUGCACCACAGGAGUAUACGCAGCUUCGGGCUUUUCUUAGAGGAAGUCUCUGAGCUCAUGCAGUACCACAUCAGGAAGCUCUACACUCCAGAGGGCCGCAAGAUCGACAAUGUUCAGAGUCUCAUUCAGUGCCCCAGCGUCCUUCUCUGUGUUGGACGUGAGCCUUCUCAUCCUUCCAUCGUGGAGAAUUUUAGGAAAACAUCUGAUGACAAACUUCCGAGAAUGAACGGGAAGUCACGCUCCCACGGCUGCACUGAAGGACACGAGGGACCAACAAAGACAAGUGUCACCAAUUCAAACCUGGAAUCUGACAACAGAUCCAUUCACGACUCUGUGUCAUCUGAAAAGUCGUUACCAAACGGAACAAGUUCUCCAAACAAUAUGGACUCCUGCCCCCCCACUGGUGAUGAACUGAGACACGAUGAUAUAGAGAAACAGGUUCGCGUCAAUAAAGACGGGAGUUUGUCCAUGGAAAUGAAAGUGCGCUUCCGACUCCAAAAUGACGAAACACUACAUUGGUCAACACAUAGUCACAUGCGUCGGCAAGGUCCAAAAAAUCAAGAGGUUCUGCAGCAGCUUCUGAAACUGAGGAAGCGGAAGAGAGAGCGGCAAGCUCAGUGUCAGUUCGGUCAGCACAGUCACGCAUUUCUGCAAGAUCAAGUCGUUCAAAAUGUUCUGCUCGAGAUCCAGCUGAUGAAGAAGAGGAAACUGAAGAACGAGCAGCAAGCAGCAUGUCAGCCAAAUCCAACCGGUCACAUGUUUCUGAAAGGUCCGGCAAGUGAGGAUGUGGAAAACAAAGAGGAAGUGGACAUGUCAACAGCUGAUGAUGUUCCUGAAGAGGACGCAGUAAAUCAUGAAGACAAGAGUACAUCUAGUUUUCAGGAGGAAGAAAAACAAGACACAAUCGAUAAAAGGAGUCGCCAAUCUAAGAAAAGCAAGUCAAGCAGGGCAGACAGAAAAACUCCUAUCGCAUGUCAGCGUGAAUCCAACGGAAAUAAACAUCCAGGGAAAAAAUCCACUGGUACCAAGAGUGUCACAGACAACAAAAGUGACAAAAGCAGCCAAAGCAGACCGAAGAACGCAGACAGUGAUGAGUUUGAUCUGGUGCCAUCUAGCCUUCCAAAUGCAUCCCCGACUCAGGUCGUCAACGAAUGGCUGAAAUCAAUAACUGCAGAUGGAGAUAUGUAUGACAUGGAGGAACUAAGUGAGAACUGUGAUGGACAGAAAUGUGUCACAGAGGGAAUCAACGGAAUAGAGGAUAGUGAAAGCAAUACUCACUCUGUGGCCGAGAAUGCAAACGAUACAAAUGAAGGGAUGAAAAACGACUGCCAGACUAGCGUGGAGGCACCAAGUGCAAAUACGAACUGUACUCAAAGUGAAGAAGCCUCAAACAUAUUCCACUCUUCUGUACAGGUGAUGAAAGUUCUUUUAAGUCCAAGGCUCAACAGAUGUAACAGCUUACCAGAAGUUUCUCCAGUGUAUGGACGCAAACUGAGCACUUCAGCCAAAGGUCUUCUGGAUUGCCUUGUGAAGCUGCAGUUAAUCGACCACGAUCCAAAACAUGCCAAUGAGAAGAAUCUACAAUACCAAGAGCUGAUGAAUAUUCUUAAGUCUCUUUGGCUUUGUGAUCCUCCAGAAAGUGAAGAUAUUUCAAAGAAGGACGAUCACCAUUCUGUAGAUGACGAGUUCAAUCGUACGUCUUCCUCGGGCGUGGAUGUCAACAGUGGCUCCACAGGCUCUGGGAAGAGCAGCGAUGGUGCGAAUGUAAGGAAAGUACAAGAAGUCUGUGAAGGUGAAGCGGACAAACGUCCUCAAAACUCACCCGAGGGAGACGUGGAGGGAAUGUAUGAGGAAAAACAAAAGGAAGAAGAUCCAGAAUCAGAUGAGACAAUUAGAAAUAACGAUAGUCCAAGAGAACUACCUGAAACACCACCCUCCUCAAGCAAGAGUUCGGGAAAUGACAGCAGUGGCCAAAAAGUUCCAGAGGAAGCUGAAACUGAUUGUCGAGAGGACACCAGUUCUGGUAGUCCUCCCCUCACGGAAAGAGCAGAGUCAGCCAAGAUGUUUUCUCAAGACCCUGAUCCUGUUUGGGUUCUAGCCUUAUUGAAUAGAAUAGAGAAGCAGUUCAUGAUGCAUUAUAUCAAUGCAAUGAGAGAGUUCAAAGUCCGAUGGAACUUGGAUGAUAAUGACCAGCUUGACAUGAUGAUAAGCGAACUUAGAACAGAGGUCCAAAGAAGAAUCCAGAGUAGUAUCGACAGAGAAUUGAGAAAAAUCCAAGGUCGAGCCGGCCGGCCGAGACCUCCUAAGGAGGCAAGGUCACGUGCUUCGACAACACAAGCGGAAGAGAGAAGACGGAGGCUGCAGAUUAUGCUCAAACAGUCGGUCGAUCAACAAGCAGAGAGAAGUGAUGAUUCAGCAACAGGCACAUCGUUCAGUGACCAGCGCAGUGAGAGUGAUGAUCAAUGUCCAUGUGAAACGUGCCUCAAGAAAAAAGCGUCAUCUAGGCCACCACUUCCUGCAGAAGUCAUGAAUAUUGCACCUGUUUUCAUGGACUUUGAUCUGAAGAGGAUUCUGGGGAUGAAGAAUGAUGCUCCUGGCAACAAACAGGCAAUCAACUGUGCAAAUCACUCUGAUAUUGAUACUGACUCAAUGGAAGCACAGACAUUUGUUGAAAAUGUUAUUGCCAAAGCUUUAAGACAAGUGGAGGAGGAUGAAGCAACCCUUGACGCCAAAGAAGACCUUGCAGUUGCAGAAGAGGAAGAACCUGAUCACGUGGGUCACCAGCCAGCUGAAGAUGUGUCUGAACAGCCGUCUGACAAAGAAUCUGCAGAUAUGAACAACGACACAGCCUCAGCCCAGGAAUCAGCAAAAGGAUCAUUAACUAAAGAUGAGAUUGCUGACAUAAAUCAAGAUGAACUUCAAGAGGAGACUGUGGAUGCCACUACAGCUCAAGAUGAAAAUGCAGCAACUGCAGCUGCUUCAAGUGAACAUGAAUGCGAUAAAGAUGACGCGGUGGAAGAGGGGACAGUCGAUGAUGAGGAGAUCCCUGCCACCACAACACAUGAAUCUGUAGAUGACAACUAUGAUGACGUAUCAAAAGAACCAGGCGAAGAGGAAACACUGGAAGACGACAUAGCUGCAGAAAGUCAGAUUCCUGAAACAGGAGGAGAUGACGGCACGGAUGAGACCACUGGAGAUAAAAUUGCAGUGGAGCAUGCAUCUGACGAAGAUGAGGCUGUGGAAGAAGGGGCACUCGAUGAUGAAGAAGAAGAUCCUGCCACUGAAACUCAGGAUUCUGCAAAUGAGAAGUGUGAGACAACCACAGCUGAAGAAUUAUCAGAAGUACCAGAUGAAGAGAUAACAAUGGAGGACGAGAUGGCUGCAGAAAGCAACGCUGCUGUCACGGGUGAAGAUGAUGGCACUGAAGAGACUGCUGAAGAUAAAACCGCAGCAGAGGAGACUUCUGAGCAUGAGGCUGUGGAAGAGGGGAAAGUCGAUGAUGAAGAGGAGAUCCCUGACAACAAAGCCCACGAACCUGCAGAUGAGAACUGUGUCACGGCCUCAGCUGACGAAUCUUCAAAAGAACCUGACGAGGAGGAAUCAUUAGAAGACGAGUUGGCUGCAGAGAGCGAGAUUGCUGUCACAGAUGAAGAGGAAGUUGCUGAUGAGAAUGCUGAAGAUCAAUUAACGACAGAAGAGACUGCUGAGCAUGCAUCUGACAAAGAUGAGGCUGUGGACAAGGUGACUGUUGACGAUGAAGAGGAGGUUGCUGCCACCAGUGAAGAUGAACUGGAAGAAGAGGCGACUGAAGCCACCACACCCGAAGAUGAAAAUGCAGCUGACGAUGUGGCAUCCAUAAAUGAACAUGAGACUGAUAAACAAGAGUCCGUGGUAGAGGGGACGAGUGAUGAUGCCGAAAAUCUUGCAUCCGUAACUGAACAUGAUCCGGCAGAUGAAAACGAUGAAGCUGAAACCGAGAUUGUUGAAUCCUUUACAACAGAAGAUAAAGAUGCAGCAAAUGUAUCAGAAACAGAAGAACAUGAAUCUGACAAAGAAGAGGCUGUGGGGGAAGAGACAGUUGAAGACUUGGAGGAGACUGCUGCCUCUAGUGGUGAUGAUGAUCCUGAGAUGAGUAAGAAUGAAGCCACGGAUGAUGAUCUGCUAAAGGAAACAGCUGUAGAGGCAACAUCAGAAGAUGAGCUUGUGGUAGAAAAAGAGAUUGCUGCUACAAGUGAGAAUGAAGUUGAAAAAGAGAUUGCCGAAGACGAAAAUGCAGAAGAGGAAAAAGAUGAGGAUUUGGAGGAGGAAACAAAAAGUGAUGAAGAAAAGUUUGCUUCCACCAGUGCAGAGGAGUCUGCAGAUGAGAGCAAUGACACAGCUGCUGUCAGGGAUUUAUCAAAAGAACCAACUGAAGAUGCAGAGACCGAAGAUGAGCCGGCUGUCGAAAAAGAAAUCACCAGUGAAGAAGAUUCAAAGGUCGAUACUACUGAAGAUGAAAUUCAAGAAGAAGAAAGUCAUGCAACGGCCACAUGUGAGAACGAGUCUGAGAAAGAAGAGGAGGUUGAACCAGGGAUGGUUGACGAUGAAGAAGAGACUCCUGUCACCAGUGAUGUUGAAGAUUCUUCCGGAGACGCCAACACGAAUGACGAUGAAACCACAGACGAGAAAGAUGCUGCAGGUGACGAAAUCUCAAAGGAAGCAGAUGAAGCGGCAGCAACUGAAGAUGAGUCUGCAACAGAAAAAAAGGCGGAGGUCGCAAGUGAAGAUGAAUCAAGGGAAGAGCUUGCAGAGGUUGAAGAUGAAAAUCCUGCAGAAGAGUUUGACGUGGCUGCAACAUCUGAAGAUGAAUCAGGCAAAGAUGUGGCCACUGAGGGUGAAACGGUUGAUGAUGGACAAGAGACUGCUUGCACAAGCGAUGAAGACGAAACUACGGAAAAUGAUGAAGCAACACCUGCCGAAGAUGAAAGUGCUGUUGAAACAGACAGUGCUGUCAAAAGUGAGGAUGAAGCUGAGGACAACCGCGCAGAAGAGGAGGCUGCAGCAACAACUGUACAAGAAUCUGACAAUGAUGAUGCAGGGGAGGAAGAAGAGACCCCAGCCACCAGUGGAGAUGAGCCUGAAGAAGAGAUAUCUGGAGAACAAAAUGAAAUGACGGAAGAAGCCGCCGAAACCACCGCAGCGGAAGAGGAAACGGAUGUGGCAGAUACCACUGAGGAAGCAGGGACAACAGAAGAUGUGGAGGAAACUGCUGCCAGCAGUGAAGAGGGUUCUGCAGAGGGCACGGAUGCCCUCACAAAUGAUGACGACACUUCACAGGCAACUGAAGCUGAAGCUGGCCAAACAACUGAAGAUGCAGGAGAACUGGAAGAGGAGCAGGAUGAUGCAGGAGCUGAUGCUGAAUCUGCAAGAGAGGAGAGCUCCAAAGCUGUGACCGCAAGUGAAUCAGAGGAAGAGAACGAUGAAUCAGCCACAGACGAGCAUGAAUCGAACAAUGCAACAACGGAUGCAAAUGAUACAGAAGGAGAAAAAGACGAUGAAAUGGAAGAAGAAGCUGCUGUGGCCAGUGAAGCUGAAGAGGAAAAUGCAGCAGAUGAGGCAGAUGCAACUGAUCAGGAAUCUGACAACGAGGAAGCAGGGACAACAGAAGAUGUGGAGGAAACUGCUGCUAGUGGUGAGGAAGAGGAGGAGGAGGACGAUGAGACUUCACAAGAAAUUGAUAGCACAGCUGAAGCUGGCAAAGAUGGAGAAGAACUAGACAAUGAUGAUGUUGAAGCUGAUGCUGAAUCUAAAAGAGAGGAGGAUUCAGAGGAGGAGAACGAUGAAUCAGCCACAGAUGAGCAUGAAUCGAACAAUGCAACAACAGAUGCAAAUGAUACCGAAGUAGAAAAAGAAAUGAAGGAAGAAGCUGCUGUGGCCACUGAAGCUGAAGAGGGAAAUGCAGCAGAUGAGGCAGAUGCAACUGAUCAGGAAUCUGACAACGAGGAAGCAGGGACAACCGAAGAUGUGGAGGAAACUGCUGCUAGUGGCGAGGAUGAGGAUGAGGAGGAGGAGGAGGAGGAAGAGGAGGACAAGGAUGAUUCCAUAAGCAAUGAUGAGACUUCACAGGAAAUGGAAAAUACAGCUGAAGCUGUGAAAGACGGAGAAGAACUUGAGGAAGAGUGUGAUGAUGUUGAAGCUGAUGCUGAAUCUACAAGAGAGGAGGAAUCAGAAGAGGAGAACGAUGAAUCAGCAACAGACGAGGAUGAAUCGAACAAUGCAACAACAGAUGCAAAUGAUACCGAAGGAGAAAAAGACAACGAAAUGGAAGAAGAAGCUGAUGUUGCCACUGGAGCUGAAGAGGAAAAUGCAGCAGAUGAGGAAGACGCAACCGCUGAUGAAUCUGACAACGAGGAAGCAGGGACAACAGAAGAUGUGGAAGAAACUGCUGCUAGUGGCGAGGAAGAGGAGGAGGAAGAGGAGGACAAGGCCGAUGAGACUUCACAGGAAAUGGAAAACACUGAUGAAGCUGGCAAAGAAGAGCUUGUAGAAGAGCAUGAUGAUGAUGGAGCUGAUGAAUCGAACAAUGCAACAACAGAUGCAAAUGAUACAGAAGGAGAAAAAGAUAGUGAAAUGAAGGAAGAAGCUGAUGUGGCCACUGGAGCUGAAGAGGAAAAUGCAGCAGAUGAGGCAGAUGGAACUGAUCGUGAAUCUGACAACGAGGAAGCAGGGACAACAGAAGAUGUGGAGGAAACUGCUGCUAGCGGCGAGGAGGAGGAGGAGGAGGAGGAGGAGGAUCACGAAUCAGUAAACGAUGCAACAACAGAUGCACAUGACACCGAAAGAGAAGAGGAUUCUUCAACAGUUGAUGAAACAGCACGAGAAGACAAGACUGGAGAAGAGGAUGAAGUGGCUACGGAUGAAAAUGAGAAUUCAAGUGUUGCAGAUCAAAUUGAAGAGGCAUCGGCUGAAGAGCCUCAAGAGACGGAGGCAUCUCAAACAAAUGCAGAAAACAGUGUCACUGAAGACUUCGUGAAAGAAGAAGAACUAGGUGACGAGGAAGAUGAUGAGAAACUAGUAGAAGGUGAGGAGUCUGAAGAGGCUGAAAAUGAAAGGGAGGGAUCGGCUGAAAGUGGAGAGGAGUCUGGAGGUGAAGAUGACACGGAGGCUGCAACAACAGGAAAUGAGACUGAUGAACGAGAAACAGCACAGGAAGACUCGGGAGAAGCUGAAGGUGACGCAGGAGAAGAAUCUGGAGCAGACGGUGCCUCGGAAUCAGACGGCAGACAUCAAAUUACUGGAGAAGAACAGGAGGAGGUUAUAGAGAAUAAUCCUGACAUGGUCGAACAAACAAAAGAAGAAAGUGACAUUGCUGCAGAGCAUCAAGAAGCUGAUGAUGUGGUGGAGCUGAAGCCAGAUGAGGAUGUGGAGGAAAUAUCAGAGAAGAAUGAAGAAAACAAACCAUUGGAAGAUGGUGAUGAAGAUAAUGACGGACAGACAAAUGUAACACAGUGUGAAAGUGCUAACAUGCCAAAUGGAGAAAAUGAUGACGACAGCGUCCAUGCCUUUGAGGAAGAGGAGGAGGAAAGUGAGAGGCCCAAUCCAGACUGGACAGCAAACCAGGGCGACUCAGCCGAUGGAGAAGAUGAGGCUGAGGAAGAUGAGGAGGAAUCAGAGGAAGAAACUGACAGGGAGCAAGAUUUGUGUCCAAGCAAGUUGAAUGAUGGAAAGGCCGCUAACAGUGCUGCUCAGGAAACAACAACUUUUCUCCGACUUGAUACUUUAGGGAAAGUCAAGGCAGAAUCUGAGGAUGGGGCUUACGCUGAUGUUGAAGACUCUGAGAAUGAAACAAACAACCGAGACGAAGUCACAUGCUUUAAGUCAAAGAGUUAGAGAAAAACAAAACACCAUACGUUGGCUCUGCUUAUGCUCCCCUGACAUGAACUGACAGUGAGCCAAGGAGUGAGACAAGGAGUCUGCAGGAAAUGCAAACGCUUUGUUCCAGCAUUUCUACUCUUGAUAUUGAACACAUGUAAAACUAUUCAUUAUUCAAUCAAAAUAAAUCUUAAAACUUGAAUGUAUAUACUUUAUGUAGCAGGUUUGCAUAGUUCAAUGCAAAUAAAUGGGGCUUUUAUUCUCAUGAACUAUGAGCCAUAGAUUAUUUCUUGCACAUUAUCUACUCAAAGCCUCAGACGGAACAUGGAAAUGUUCACUUAUGAUGUUUUGCUUUGAAAUUACUUGAAAAUGUCAUUCAUGCACAUAUAAAUAUAUAUUUAUAUAUAUAUACUGUAGUUUUUUCUUCAAAUUACUGCAGUGUACUUUCAACGUUUGCUGCUCAACCUUGCAGGUUUGAAGAUGUUAAAGUUUAAAAUCUUACAAAGGAGUCUAUACUUUUGUAGUUAAUACUGUACUCUUCUGGAGAGCCAGAAAAUACUACUAAUAUUCAUUUUGAAUGUCUAACUUACUAUUGGCAGUAUUUUAGUGCUAGAUCUAAAGAAAUGGAUGAUGGUUAACAUCAUUGUGCACAUCUUUACAAGUCAAGCACAUAACUACAUUCUAGCUUUAACUUAUGAACAUGAACCUCUCUGUUUGGUUAUGGCAGGACUUUUCUGUAUUAUGAUGUAUUAUGUAUUAUGGUAUUUUAGGCCAUUCAAAAUAAUUUAAAAGAAUACAUUAUUCUCUGUGGUACAGAGAUUAUUACCUUUGCUGAAUGUACUGUACAAAUUAUCGAU